UGCAAGGCAAGAGCAGAGAACAGACUAAACGGGCCAGCAGAGGAAAAAGCUGCCCCCGAACUCAAAGAGAGAACUAGAAACUGAGACAUCUGCGGAGUUUUGGAGAGAAAAGACCUGUUGGAAUUUACUGCCGAGAUCCAGCUUUUAUUUAAAUUUAAUGAAAGGACGUUUUUUUGAAACAAGUCAGACCUGCACAUAACUUUAAAUUAGUUUUGCACUGGAUUUGAUUCUUUUUAAGAUUUUUAUAUGUGUGCGUAAUUUUGAGGGCAGUUUUGUGGAAGACUUUGGGUUUGUAGCUUAUAGAGGAAACCCUUUUAAAGGAUUUAUUUGCUUUCUCGUAGAGCCUUUAUUAUCAAUUUAUCUUUCCACUUCGGAUUUCACAGUUAUAUGAUGUGGUUUCUACACGUUUCCAUUGGUUUAAUUGCCACUCUGUGCGUCGGCACUGCGCACAGCGCAUGGGAGGAGAGCACGGUGGUGCCAGUCAGACUAGACCCGACAGCCCGGUCGGAGAGCGAAACCGAACCGUGGCGGACUCUCUCCGUAGAGGAGAAGGAGAAGGAGGCGGAGAUGAGGGAGUACCGGUUGGACGUAUUUGACAAGGAGUUGGUCUUGCAGCUAGAGCCUGACCAGACCUUCUUGGCGCCGGGUUUUGUCUUUCACAUUGUGGGGAGUCCCGAGUCCGAACCGACACAGGAACCCAAGAGCGGAGCCGAGCCGGGUUGUUUCUUCUCGGGCACGGUGAAGGGAGAGGAACACUCUGCAGCUGCGAUCAACCUGUGCCACGGACUCAGGGGCGGAUUCUACUUUGAGGGUGAAGAGUAUUUCAUUCAGCCCCUCAACUCAAGUGACUUCCUGGGCACCGAGGAGGAUGUCCACGUGAUCCGCCGGAGAAGUCGGGCGGCUUUGGUUGAGGAGGGGAGCUCCAAGUGCGGGGUCAACGAGGACGAGGAGAGGGUGCCAAAUAAUCUAGAGAAAGAAGUCAGAUACGGAGCUGCUAACACAGACCAGACAGCCCACCACAGAACCAGGCGUUUUGUUUCCACCCCUCGCUACCUGGAGAUCAUGCUGGUGGCUGACCAAUCCAUGGCUGAGUUCCACGGCGCCGGGCUAAAACCCUACCUACUGACCAUCAUGGCAGUGGCAUCCCGUCUCUACCGCCACCCCAGCAUCCACAACUCCAUCAGCCUGGCGGUGGUGAAGCUGCUGGUGGUGUAUGAGGAGGAGCGAGGCCCUCAGGUGUCCUCUAACGCAGCCAUGACCCUCCGCAACUUCUGCCAGUGGCAGCGCCAGCACAACCCCUCAAGUGACCGCCACCCCGAGCAUUAUGACACCGCUGUACUCUUCACCAGGACGGACCUGUGUGGUGCCCACUCUUGUGACACUCUGGGUAUGGCAGAUGUUGGCACAGUGUGUGACCCUGACAGAAGCUGCUCAAUUAUUGAGGAUGAUGGGCUGCAAGCAGCAUUUACUGUGGCACACGAACUGGGCCACGUCUUCAACAUGCCUCAUGAUGAUGCCCAGUUGUGCUCUGGGGUCAACGGUGUCCACUGGGGCUCCCACAUGAUGGCCUCCACCCUGUCUAACCUGGACCAGCAGCAGCCAUGGUCCCCUUGCUCCGCCCUCAUGGUCACUACCUUCCUGGACAACGGCCAUGGUCAGUGCCUGCUGGAUAAACCAGUCAAGCCUCAGCCACUCCCCCAGCCCUUGCCUGGGACGGUCUAUGGUGCAGACCAUCAGUGCCAGCUGACCUUUGGCGAAGACUCCCUGCACUGCCCAGACCUGAGUACCACAUGCGCAGCUCUGUGGUGCACUGUGACCACAUCCAAUGGUGUGCUGGUGUGCCAGACUAAGAACUUCCCUUGGGCUGAUGGAACGCCAUGCGGGCAUGACAGCUACUGUCUGGCUGGACAUUGUCUCAAUAAGAGCCAAGCUGCCAAACACCAGACCCCUGUCAAUGGUGGCUGGGGAAUGUGGGGUCCCUGGGGCGACUGCUCUCGGACCUGUGGUGGAGGGGUGCAGUAUUCCUUCCGCGCCUGUGACAACCCUUUGCCCAAGAAUGGGGGCAAGUACUGUGAGGGCAAGAGGAUCCAGUACCGCUCCUGUAACACAGACACCUGCCCCGAUACCAAUGGCCUGUCAUUCCGUGAGGAACAGUGCCUGGCCCACAACGACAUGUCAGCCCAAGUGUCACUGGGUUCAGGCGAGGGUGUCGAGUGGGUGCCCAAGUAUGCUGGAGUUUCACCCAAAGACCGCUGCAAGCUGGUGUGCCGGGCCAAGGGGACCGGAUACUUCUUUGUCCUCAAAUCUAAGGUGGCUGAUGGCACACCCUGCAGCCCUGACUCCACCUCAGUUUGUGUUCAAGGCCAGUGUGUCAAGGCUGGAUGUGAUCGUGUCAUUGGCUCUAACCGGCGCUUUGAUAAGUGCGGCGUGUGUGGUGGCGACGGCUCAACCUGCAAGAAAGUGUCUGGCUCUCUAGAGCGAGCCAGGCCUGGAUACCAGGAUGUUGUAACCAUCCCUGCUGGUGCCACCCACCUGGAUGUCAAACAACGUGCCCCAGGCAAUGGUCGCCAGGAUAACAGCUACUUGGCAGUGCGUCGCCAGGAUGGAACCUACCUGUUAAAUGGCGAUUACAAGCUGAUGACCAUGGAGACUGACAUCACCUUGCAAGGGGCACUGUUGAGAUACAGCGGCUCCUCUGCCACCCUGGAGCGCCUCCGGAGCUAUGCCCCACUCCCCGAGCCCCUCAACAUCCAGGUCCUCUCUGUGGGGGAGGCACCAAGGCCCCGGGUUAAGUAUAGCUACUUUGCCCCUAGACCGAACAAUGCUGCUUCAGUCUCCAAAAACAAUGGAGGCCGCCGCCUGUCCAUCAAUGCCAUCCCAGAGGUGGGAGGAGCCGAGUGGACCCUGAGGGAGUGGGGUCCAUGCUCCCAGACCUGUGGAGGAGGUAUGCAACAGAGAGAGGUGGUGUGUCUAGAUCCCCAGGGUCAUCCCUCCAGAGAUUGCCCAGAGGAGCUGCGCCCCUUGGCCUCACGGUCCUGCGCCACCCAGCUCUGUCCCUCCUGGCUUCUCGGAGAAUGGUCGGUAUGCUCCAAGACCUGUGGGCGAGGCUUCCGCAAACGCCAACUGCGAUGCAUCGGCCAUGAUGGCCGCACACUAACCCAUGACAGCUGUGACCCCAAAGACCGGCCGCGACCCCUGCUGGAACUGUGCAAUCAGAGUGCCUGUUAAGUGACUGCUUCCACAAUCUAACCUCCUUUUUAUACACCCAGCUUUCAGAAAGACAUCAGAGAAAAACUCUGAUCUUCACUGCCUCCUUUUUCCCACUGAAAAUCUAAAGAGGCCGAUGAAUGUUUACAUCCAGAGCACUUGUGCUGCAGGUUUUCAUGGGUUCAAGGUAGUCAAACAGUCCCACAUGUCAAAGGGUUCACAAUGACUGUGACUGAAAUGGUCAGAUGUUGGUCCACAGUGGCAACGCCACCUAGUAGCAGCAAUAAAGACUGAUUACAGCUUGCUGCCUAUCUGGCCUCAGCGCAGCAGUGGCAUAUUUUGCCUCCCAUCAAGGGGAAGAAAGCAUGGACCUUCCUGAUAUCCUAAAGGAUGCUGCUGCGUGCUGCUUACCGUGCCAAUGUCGUGCUUGUGUAUGUCUGUGUGUGUGUUUGUGUGUGUGAGAGUGUGAGACCGUGUGUAUAUGUCAAAUUGUUAAUGCAUGUAAAUGAUGUUUGUCCAAGCUGGGCUGGAUGAACACAUAAGGGUUGGGAUGGGGGAGGUUAUUGCAGAGUAUAUAAAGAAACAAAUGAAAGAGAAUAGCUCAUAUUCUACUUGCUCACCCCAUCAGGUAUGGAAAAUAAGAUAGCUUUGUGUUUAUGUUCAAACUUGCCAGAUUACAUUUAUUUAUCACAAACCUGUAGCACUUCAUCUUUGUUUUUGCCAGCGGCACAUUGUAACACCCAAUUGUCUCUAAAUGCCUCAGUACACCGUACUUUGUCCUUUAGCCAUAUCUUGCCUGAGUCUACACAGCCUUCAAUGAGGGUACUCUUCAAAGACCAAAGAGGAGUGUGUGAGCGUGUGUGCGUGCAUUUGUGUGUGCGUGUGUGGAGACCUAAAGAGGGACUUGUCUCCUGCUACUACUUCAUAAGUAAGUCUCUCCUGCCUUCUGCGAAGGCACCUUGUUUUUGGCUAUCAAGUCUUUUUCUUUUGUACAGAAUAUCCAAACAUUAUUUAUUUUUGUACAGCCUGUUAAAUAUAAUCAUGUGGCUUUUUU